AUGUUGUCGAAUCUGGAUCUCAUCAAACAGUGUGACAAGUUUCCCUACCGACACCGCGAGCCUGAACUCUACGAAUCCAAUGUAGCCUCAUACUACAAGUUCCAAGUCGAAGGCUGCGACGCGGUCCUCGGCUGGCUGCUGCCCUCCACCGUCUCCAAGAUCGCCUGGCCGAGCUUCUGGAUCGUCUCGCACACCGUCAAGAUGGUCCUGCUGACAGGCACCUCGAUCGCCGUCCGCGACGCGCGCAUGGCCGAGACGCUGCUCGCGGCCCGCGGCAACUUCCAGGUCCUGCAAAAGUGGCGCAACGAGCGGUUCCCCGUCUACGGACCGGGCCGCCAGCUCCUGCUGAGCAUCGAGCGCGCCGCCAGCCCCCUGUUCGGCAUCAUGAUCUACGGCGUCCACAUGAGCGCCUACGUCGCGCAGCGGGCGGCGAACAAGCAGACGUACCCGGGCAUGCUGGACAAUACGGUGGGGGGCGGGGUGGCCACGGGCGAGAUGCCGUUCGAGUCGAUCGUGCGGGAAGCGGUGGAGGAGGCGGCGAUUCCAGAGGGGUUGGUGAGGCAGAAUGCGAAGGCCGUGGGCGUCGUCACGUAUUUCGAUGUCCGGGAUGAGAGGGCGGGCGGCGAGACGGGGUUGCUGCAACCGGAAUGCAUCUAUGUGUACGACCUCCCUCUGCCGGCCAGCUUGAUUCCUCGGCCGGAGGAUAUGGAGGCCGAGAACUUCAAGUUGAUGGAUGUGGCGGAGUUGCAGACGGCAGGCAAGUUCAAGACCAAUUGUGCCCUGGUCAUUGUGGAUUUCUUGAUUCGGCACGGGAUCAUCACGGGCGAGAACGAGAAGGACUAUAUUGAGAUAUCAGCGAGACUUCAUCGAUCCCCGGAAUUUGCCUGUUGAGCUGUUGGUUCGAGGUUGUUAGUGGGCUUGCCCCAUUACCGGAAAAUGCUAAUACAACUUUAAUCGGGAG